CUCUUAUUCAAUAUGGGACCAUCCAAUUUCGCCAAGCCAGGCGCUUUGCUUCAGAGGAAGGAGGCAACUGAGGUACCUACCUGGUACGUAGUGGAGCCUUACUGUAGGUACCUACAUCCACUGCCUACCUACCUACCUACCUACUUGCUACCUUACCCGAAGGCAAGACUUCGUCGACGUCUUUGAUGUGUUCCGAGGUAGAUUCAGCCACCUGUACCCUCAUAUUUUGACGACGAAAUUUCAUUACUUGCGCGGCAAUCACAUCUCACAUUCUGCCUCUACCCCCUUCUAUCCGAGUUCCAUCCCAAGCAGCUAUCAUGGUUCGCACACGGCCCAUCCAAAAAUUUGCAGCCGCAGUCAGCCAGUGUUCAGCAGAGACCUCCAUGUACGGCAAGUGCAUCGUUGUCGACUACAACUCUGUCCACAAGGAUAAGUGUUUGAAGGAGUUUCUCAGACUGAAGGAUUGCUAUCUUGUUGCUGCCCGCAAAGCAAAAUAAUCAUAGCAGAAGCACGAUGGACCAGUCUCUAAGACUUGGAACCUUGUUGCGGUGAACUC